GCUCACACGGCGCAGCUUGGUGGCCUCUGUGCGCCAUGCAGCAAACUCCACAUCGACUGUCCUGAGCACGGCAGCAUCGCAGCACAUGCUCCGGUGGAACAUGGCUAUGCCCGCAUCUCCGGCUCCCUUCAGGUCUUCCGCUGCUUAGAGGCAGAGCGUUGCACGCGCUUCACGGAUUCGGGCUGCGCAGCUGGAUACUCCGGCCCCCUAUGUGUGGAGUGCGCUCCUAACUACCACUCCUUCAACUUCGGCAAGCAGUGCGACGAAUGCCAGAGCCUGCGCCAGCAGUCGGUGGUCUUGGUCUUCGUGGUCUCCCUGGGAACUCUGGCGCUGAUCGGCGCCGUCGUUGCCGCAGGCUGCCUCCUGAGGAGCUACAUCCCAAAGCCUGGCCUGGGAAUGGAGUGUGCGGCGCAGCUCCUGGUGUCUCAAGGGGCGGUGUUGCUGCAGCUGGCGCAGCUCUGGGCUCUGCUGGCGCGCCUGACGAGCGCCAGGGAGGCACAAAAAGUCUUGCAGGAAGUGGUCGCGUACAAUGUCACAGAUGACGUCCCCGCCCCGGAGGAGUUGAACACGGAUCGGGACCCACUGUUCUCCUACAUCGAAAUCCUACAGUUCACGGGCUCGGAGUUGCAAAGCUUCCUGGACUUCCAGUGCCGCUACGACGGUGCGACGGUCCGCGGCAUCUUCGCCCUUGCCACGCCCCUCCUUCCCUUGCUGGUCCUGGUUGCAUGCGCCUGCCUAGAGCUUCGGAACCUUGGCAUGGGCAUCCAGCUGGCACUCCGCGCCUUGACGGUCCUCUUCGUGGGAGGCGCCUCCGGCGCGGUGAAGCUGCUGGGCUGCCAGCGCGCCGACGGUGAAGGCACCUGGAUACCAGACGACCUGGCCUUCCGGCCGCUUUUCCCGUGGCUCCGGUGCUCGAAGGAGACCGCCACAGCCGCCUGGGUGGACCGAAUCGGCUGGAGCACUGCCGCCGUCUAUGGCGGUGCGGUGCCCUGCUUCCUCGCCUUCCUCUUCUUCAGGCAGCACCGCACCAUGCGGCAGUGCAAGACCUUCUUUGUCGUCAGUGCCAACCAGGAGAGCGGCAGCGUCCAGCUGGAGCUAACCGCAUGCGCAAAGUCGGAGCACUUCGAGGAGGAGCUCCUGGCAAGGCGCCUAUUGGGGGCUGCAGCGGCCCACCUGGCGGUGCAGAGGCCAGGAGAAGUUUUGGUGGAGCUCCACCAAAACGCGCUGAUUGUGACAGAGCAAAAUGGCAUCAGUCACGAAGAGAAGAGCAGCGGCUUUUCUUCCAUCUCGGCCGAGAGCUUCAUGGAGAGCGACAUGAAAGACACCGUGCUGGCACGGAACUACAUGAUGCAGAUGCUUACGGAGCGCAGCAUCUUGGAGGAGAUCCAAUCAGACAGAAUGCUGAUCGGGGCGAAGCAACUUCUUUGCAAGUACGCCGCUCCCUUGCAUUGA